GAGUAAGAACUUCAAUAUUCAAAAUCAAAUAAGUAUAAAAUAAAGUUCGACUUCUGGAUUGAUGAAACGAAAAACCUGUUAUGUGGACAAAUGGAGUUGAGAUUUGUACAACGUGGUUGAACCUGGAGGGCAUUAUGCUCAAUGAAACAAGCCAGACAGAGAAAGACAGAUGCUGUCUGUGUCACUUACAUGUGAACUCAAAAAACAAUAAAAGACAGGUCAAUUCAUAGAAACAGAGAGAAGAAAAGUGGUGGCCAGUGGCUGUGGAGUGGGAGGGAGAGGGAGAGGCAGGUGAAAGGGGACAAACUUUCAGCUCCGAGAUCAAGAAGCUCUGAGGUCUCAUGUCUGAUGUGGGGCCUAGAGUCGAGAACACUGAAUUGUCUAAUUGAGAUCAGCUAAGAGAGCAGCACUUCAGUGUCCUCACACGCACACAGAGUCCAUAAGUGAGGGGAAAACAACAGUCAGAGUUGAGGACAGAGGAGAAUGAGGGUGUGCAUCCCUGGGAACUAGAUCAAAUUCCUGGGAGAACUUCAGACUUUCAAAGGCCAUGAGAUAGGUGGGUUCAAACCAAGAAUCCAGGAGACACAAGGAACCAGGUGACAUCCGGUUUCCAGGUGGAAGAAAUAGAAAACUAGCUAAGGUCUGGAAGGCCCAGGAGGGUGGAAGGAGGCAGUUGGAGGCCAGUUGGUGGGGGAGGGGCUGUGGUCCAGCCUGCUCCCCUGCUGUCCCCUCCCCAGCAUCAGGAGCCGUUUGUGACAAGACCACAGUUAUGUCAUGGGGGGCCUGGGGUAAUAAUCUCCAAGCCACUCCCAGAGCUCAGUUGCCUGAGGGCAGCACUGCGUUUCAGACAUGGAGAAUCCUCUCGUGUUUCUGAAAAGCUUUAUUGCUACCUGGUUGAGCUCCAGUUCCGCUUCCUGGGUGAUUGGGACCAUCCUCCCCACCCUGUGUGGACUGGGGCUCUUCCUCCUGUUCCUUCCCUCCCUCCAGAGGAAUCCAUCCUUACGACCACCUUGCAAACGGAGACACAUCAGGAAGCGUCAAGUGGAGCCAAGAGGGAGGAGCAGCAGGAGCAGGAAGAAAAGGGGAGCUUUGAAAGGUAAGCCUCUGUCAUUCAGCCCUGUGCCCCAGAGCUGGCCUCCAUCACCUGUCCCUGAGCACCCAGCUCCGUGGGCUCGAGGAUGCCAGGGACACAGCCUGUCCCUCAGGAAACAGAGCCCUCAGGGAGGCUCCCAGAAGGCUCCCAGUAAGGAGAUGAAAACCCAGAUACUUGCCAGAGUCUGUCCUGGGAACCAAGGCCCAGGCCAACAGGCGUCUGGAAAUGGCUGUUGCCCAGCAGGGGCAUGUGGGCUGUGGUGGAGGUGGAAGCACUUGGUCAAUGACAAAUCUCAACCCAUCAGCAGCCUUUCCAGCCCCAUCAGGGAUCCCGUGGCCUUGGACACAGGUGCCUGGGCUCCCGAGUCUGACCUCAAACGGUCUCCCCUAAAGGCACAUUGCAUGCAGCCUCCUGUAAGAGCCCUCGGCCCCCCCCUUCAUCGCUGUGACCCAGUGUCCUGAUUUCUAGCUUACAGAGCUGGCUGGAAGGGCCUGGCAGAAGUGCAAGGCCCGAUGUCGCAUCCUCAAAGCUCCCGGGAGAGGCUGUCUUCCAAGGGAUGCUUCCAUUGCUCAUCAUGUCAAGACUCCCCUGGGGAGGUGUGCAAGACAGCAUCUGCCAGAGCCCAGCAGCCAUGCGGGAAACCUGUGGAAGGUGCUCCUCUUGCCAUGACCCCAGCACUUUUCCUGGCUCCUCUGACCCAGCCUGCUCUAACUCUGGCCUCCACCCUGCCAGCAGAACCUCUAUCUGACUUGACCAGAAUCCCACUGGGCACCAUUGCCAUGAGCACAGCUCCAGGUCACUCCUGUUUCCCACCUACCAACUCAGGCCUCAGCUACGCAAGGUGUCGCCUUGAGUUCCUCUCCCGGUGGAACGUGAUCAAGGUCUUGUUCUUCCCCGUGCCAUCACACUUCGAGUCCCAGCAAGGGCACCUGUCCUGCCACCGACCAGUGGCCUCACUCUGGGGAGGCCCCACAAAUAGGGAGGGAGAGACGGAGAGCCCCUCACUUGCCAACCCUGAGGUCCAGAAGCUGCUCGAGAUAGAAAUCACGGAAAGAAUACAAAGGGAGGUCUGGGAAAAAGAACAAGAUGAUCCAGGCACCACUCAGAUGCUCGAAGCACACGGUAUCAUGUCUGGGCUGAAUUUCCGCUGGGGCCUACCCGUCCUGUCCUUGGGGCCUGCAGAUCUGAAAGCAUGUGAGGCUCAACCCUUGGCCCUUCCAGGGUCGCUUUUUCCCCCCUCAGCCACCUGUGAUUCUGACUCCCACUUGAAAGCCGACUUUGAUGAGGUCCUGGGAAAUCCUCUUGAGCCCGUUCCAGGAGAGAAACAUAAGACUUUGACAACAAAAGCAUCAGUUCCCAGCCUGGCCCGUCCCCUCCCUGCUCCCUCACCUGUGUGUGAGGAAGAUCAGAAGGCCCUGGGAGGGACCCUUCCUGGAGAAGGCAGUGGGCCCUCGGAAGCCUCUCUCUUGGGACAGGAGGGCCGGCCGCCUUCUCCAAUCUUCGCAUUCAGCCUCUCGGACAGAAAUGGGCAGAGUGGGACUGUCGUGGGGGCCGAGCAAGGCCGACUACACCUGAAUCCGGGGUCAGGAGUGGCCAGGAAUGAGCCUCGGGAGGAGAGUGGGGGUGGGGUGUCACCAGAGCCCUGCCGUGGGGUGGCAACACUGGAGGGGGAGUCAGGGUCCCAGUCUGGGAGCCAGGUCGGGGGAAUAGGAGACACCCUCGGGACCAAACCCCUCCAGGCCCUGCCUGAAAAGGAAGAGGUUCUUCACGACAGCCCUUUCAGAAAAAUGUUGAGACGCCUCCUGCCCUGCCUGAGGCCCAACAAGGAGGAAGCACCAGAGGAUCCCCUUGCAAAGGCAAGCCCGCGUCAGCCACCGCCCAGAGCCAGGCACGGGUCACACACAGCUCGGCGUCGGAUGGCGGGGCUGUUCAGGCGCCAUCGACAGUGACAUCCUUCCUCUGCGUCCCGGGAGAAAAACUAGGAUUCGCCAAGGACUUCGUGCCUCCCAGACGAAGCAUCGUAAAAACCAUUUCAGGCCUGGGAAGCUGGACAUACCUGUUACCACACAGUUCCCUCCUCCCCAGACCAGAGAAGAACAAUGACAGAGGACAGUCCCCAACCUACCUCCAGGGACCACAGGUGUACUAGUAAGAGGAGUGGAUCAGAGACAGCCAUGGGAACUGGACCUUGCCAUCCAGGCAGCCGCGGUCCCCAGCCAAACCCUGCCAGCCUUGGCUGAGGGUGGCAGCUGCCUCAGCCAAUCCAUUACCCGCCAUGCUGUCUUCAGAUAUGCGUCUCCUGGGAUGAGUAGACUGUGCCUGACACACCUGUCCUCAUAGGAACGCUUAUCUCCCCAAAUGGGGAAGUGGAGGCACAGAAAACCUGGUUUUUCUCCUUACCCCACCCUCUGUGCUAAUGGCAUCCUCCUACCCCAAUUUUCCUCAAAUACAUGGUUUUUCUCCUGAGA